GGGCGGAGCUUUAAGUUCUGUUUGCGUGAGGGGAGGGGCAAAGCUUCCGGCGUCGGUCGCCCGCGCGCGCGUUGGGAGACGGGGGGAGGAGAGCGCGCGCAAGGAAAUCGGGGGUUGAGGCGGCUGAGGCGUCGUCGGCUAAGGCAGAGCGGGAGCCCAGGUGCGCGCGCGCACUCCCUCCCUCCCUCUCCCUUAACCCCCACCCAACCUUCCCCGUCUCGGAGGCGCGCGUGCGUGCGCGUGGACGGCUACGCCUCAGCGACUGAGGAGAAGAGAGAGCCAGAGAGAGAGGCGGAGGAGGAGAAGGAAGGAAGGCAGGAAGGCAGGAAGGCAGACCGGGGCUGGGCCUGACGACGGCGGCAGCAGGAGAAGGACUCGGGCGGAGAAGAUGGCGGACGGGGACAGCGGGAGCGAGCGAGGCGGCAGUGGCGGUGGAGGCGGAAGCGGUGGCGGAGGAAGCGGCGUGGGCUUCCAGGGCCACCGAGGAGGCGGAGGCCCCGGCAGCGGCGGAGGCCCGGGCCCGGAGCAGGAGACGCAGGAGCUGGCCUCGAAGCGCCUGGACAUCCAGAACAAGCGCUUCUACCUGGACGUCAAGCAGAACGCCAAGGGCCGCUUCCUGAAGAUCGCCGAGGUGGGCGCGGGGGGCUCCAAGAGCCGCCUCACCCUCUCCAUGGCCGUCGCCGCCGAGUUCCGAGACUACCUGGGGGACUUCAUCGAGCACUACGCCCAGCUGGGGCCCAGCAGCCCCGAACAGCUCGCCCAGGCCUCCCCGGGCGGAGAGGACGGCGGCGGGGGCGCGGGGGGCCCCCGGCGGGCCCUCAAGAGCGAGUUCCUGGUGCGCGAGAACCGCAAAUACUACCUGGACCUGAAGGAGAACCAGCGGGGACGUUUCCUCCGCAUCCGCCAGACCAUCAACCGCGGGCCCGGAGGAGGCGGCGGCGGCGGGGCGGGCUUCCCCGGCGGGCCCCCGGGCCUCCAGAGCGGCCAGACCAUCGCCUUGCCGGCCCAGGGCCUCAUUGAGUUCCGCGAUGCCCUGGCCAAGCUGAUCGAUGACUACGGCGCCGACGAGGACGAGCUGGGCGGCGGCGGGGGUCCCGGCGGUGGCCCCGGAGGCGGCGGCGGAGGCCUGUACGGGGAGCUCCCCGAGGGCACCUCCAUCACGGUGGACUCCAAGCGCUUCUUCUUCGACGUGGGCUGCAACAAGUACGGCGUCUUCCUGCGCGUCAGCGAGGUGAAGCCUUCCUACCGCAACGCCAUCACCGUGCCCUACAAGGCCUGGGCCAAGUUCGGCGGCGCCUUCUGCCGCUACGCCGACGAGAUGCGAGACAUCCAGGAACGCCAGCGGGACAAGCUCUACGACCGGCGAGCUGGGACGGCCGGCCCGGGCAGCGGCAGCGGCGCCGGGGACGACUCCGACGGGGAUGAUGUGGACGACGAUUGAGCUUCUUUUCUUCCUCUUCUCCAAACCCCUCUUUCCCUCCCCCCAGCUGCCGCUAUACGGGGAGGAGGGGUUGUCCCCCGCCUCCAUGGACCGGGGAGGAGGAGGAGUGGAUGGAAAUGGGGCGCAGGGCAACCUGAUCCUAAGCUUCCUUCUCCCCAAGGAGAGAGAGGAGCCCUGCCUGCCCUGCCUCCAUCCACUUCUGAAUUGCCUCCUUUCCCCACUCUGUUGUCCCCCUCUCCUCCUCCCUCCUUCCAGGAUACAGCAUCUGUCCUUGUGAAUUGGCCCAGCUUUAAGCUCACCCCUCCCGCCCCCAGGCUUGCCAUCCUCUUUGCCCCAUAGAGAGAGAGAGAGAGAGGAAGGAAUUCCGGUGACCUCAGUUAACCUCCGUCCUCCUGGCCCGCAGAGUAGAGAAAAGGGGGAUCCUUUCCACCAUUGAUCGGUUCGAGCUUCCCAAGGCUUCUCAUCUGCCCCCCACUCCACAGCUGAAAUGUGUGGUAUCUUUUUUUCCCCCCACCCACCUACUUACAUCUCCCCUUUCUUUUUAAUUUAUUGGAGGGGGGCGAAAUUAGGGAGAGGAUUUCAUCUUGGGUUUCCCCUCUCCCUUUCUCUCGGUGCCCUCCCCUCUCCUGCAUUUUUUGAGCUCUCAUGUUCUUCCUCCUCCUCUUCCUCCUCCUUCUCCGCUCUCAAAAACCAGCAUUCUUGGAGACUGCGUGGCCACUGAGCACAGUUGGAAAAGGAAGAAGAGAAGCUGGCACAGCUAUCCAAGUCCAGCAGCCUAACCGGGCAAGUUCUUAACAAAAACCCCAACGUGAAGGGGAAGGUUGAAGCCCAAGGCAGAUGGGAGAGUUGAAAUGGGACGGGGGGGGGGGGGUGAGAGAAGGGAGGGAGAGACAGGAAAAAUGGCCGAAACAACCCUGAGAAUGUUCCGAAAGAUGGAUUGAAAUAGGGAUGGAGCCUGUAUCUGGACCGACGUCCACUGAUCUUCUCCUCCUCCUAAAUUUUUACCCGUAAAGCUACAGGUGCCUGAACUAGAAUUGAUAACGAAAUUAUUAUUCUAAAGUUGGCAGGUCAUAAUGAGUUUUUUUCCCUUCUCCUCCUUAGGGGUGGGGGUGAGGGGUUUGCAAAGAGGCAGGUUCAAAAGAAGAAAAAAAGGCAUAAAGCACAAGGAAUGCAGAGUGGACUAGUUGCUGUUCAUUGAAAGUUCUUCCCCUUCUCUCUAAAUAAGGUGAAAGAGCAAAAUGGCUUUAGGCUUUAGUGGGAAGUAAAAAUUGGAGCUGCCUUUCUCUGGGCUUUUUUUUUUCCUUAAAAAAAAGAUGAUCUAUUCCAGUAAGGUGGAAUCUGUUCUGCAACUCGCCAGGUUUGUAAACACACACAACAAAAGCAUUAAAAUCUGGUAAAAAGAGAACAAAUGUGAGGCUUCAAGUCUAAUAAAUAAAUACGAGAGGGAAAGCUGCUUUCACCAUGCAAAUAAGUGGACAUGUUCUAUGAAAAUAGACACCAAGAACCUCAGGUCCAGAAGUCCAGCAUCUGUUGUUGUUUUAACAAGAUUUUUUUUAACAACAAGAAGAAAACGCAAUCCCAUUUCCUCAGUAACUCACAUUAAUGUCAACAGCAGUGGAUUGUUUAGAGCACCGUCUGCCCUCUGGGAGGUUCAUCAUCGUCGUCAUAAAACAAAAGAGCAGAAUCAAGCCACGUUCUGUGACUAUGAACACGAGCAGCAUCUUAACCACCUUCAAAUUUUACUAUAGACUAGCUACUGCCUAUUUGUCCAGUUGUCUUUCCCAAGCAGAGUUGGGUCUCCCCACCCAAAGAAUUGCCUCAUCUAUAUUUUAAAUGGAUUCUUACCUAAAAUGAUAUUUUUUUAAACGAAGUCAGUCCUAUUCCCUCUUUAAAAAAAGUGUUUUUAGCUACAACAUUAUAUACUAGUAACUUUGAAUUGAAUGGAAAUUGCGUACUGUUCAUUGCAAAGUUUCGGGUAUUGUUUGUGUGACAUCUUAAAAAGAGGCAGGUAAAGCUUCCUCUACAAUCUUUUAAAAUUGUGCAUGCCUGUCUUUUAUUUGAGCUGCCUUUUUAAUUUAUUGCAUACCCUUAUUUACCUUAUUUUGGCAUUGCUCUUCUCUAUACUGUCUUUGUUUUGUAUUUAUUAGAAAGCAAAGAGGCAUAUAAAAGGCGUUUUCCUCACUCAGUUCUUGCUGCAGUAGGAAAAUUGGCUGGAAUUUUUCUUUUAAAAAAAUUGAGUUUUGCUACAAAGCUCAGCAAAUGUCAGAUUAGUUUAUCACAAGCAUUGAUUGUUUAUUUUAAAAACUGUUCCUUUAUUCCAUGUGUUCAUGGUAGAUUUUAUACCCUUGGAAAAAAAACAAAACCAACCUUCCUUUCCAUUUUUCUCCGUUGCAAAGAACUUGUUUCCUGAAUUGUAAUGGGAGCAAUAGUAUUUCUUGAUGUUUUAAUUACGUCCAUAUACUUGUACUGUAUUUUGUACUCUCCGAGGCAGCUGUUUUCAAUAAUGUCCUGCUGUAUUUACCUAUGUAUUUUUUUUGUUCUAUUGUAUUUAGUUCUUUGCUACGGAGAACAAUAUUAACCCACCCACCCCCCAAAAAAUCAGUGUACAAAGAUUGCAGCCUGGCUAGGACUGCAGAGAACUCUGCUUUUAACUAAUAAGACUAUAAAAGGCAGCAGUGAAAAUGGAGGCUGCAAAUGCUUAAUCUCUAUUGCUGUAACUCUUCAUUCAAUUUAAAACAGUGAAUAAUACUUUUAUAGACCAACA